AUGCUUCCGGCCGGUCUGCAGGCAGAUGUGCUUCAGAUCGGGGCAAUUGGGGAUUACGACGUCGAGCACGUUGCGGAGCAUCUGGCCGUUGAUUUCGCAGUUUUCGGCCUCGUUGGAUCUGUUCGCCCAGGUGGCGUAGAACACGUGGGUGACGUCGGAGAGGGGGGAGAGCUUGGAUCGGACGUCCUCCGGGUCGGAGAUGUCGCACCGGACGUAGGUGAUCGGGUUGUCGUCGUUCCAGGCGGGGCGGGGGCGGCGGGCGACGCCGUAGACCUUCCAGGGGCCGCCGGGGGUGUCCGAGAGGGGGAGGAUCUCGGCCAGGCUGUUGCCGACGAUUCCGGUGACGCCGACGAUCAGGGCCACGCUCUCGUGCUUCGGAGGCGCAUCGUCGUCGCCGAGCUUCUUCUGUUACGGAUCGAGUGCGCGUGA